AUGAAAGUAGUAUUAACAUUGUACGCAGCAUGCUUAGCGCUGCUCACUGUAUCAGCACGUCCAUCUAAUGAAGGGCUUGGUUUCCUAAACGACGAAGCAGAUCGUGCGCUUAUUUCUGCGGCAGCGGACUUAUUCACCGCCAUCUUCAAUCCAAAAGGAGUUGUGGAUGUUAAUGAAAACAGUCAUCACGCCUUUGGCGCUCAACAGUGUGUAAAUGUGCAUAAUUUACGUUAUAAGAAGUCAGUAUCCAAUGCUGGAAGCAAAAUCCGCGAUGCAGCCAGACUAAAAGACUCGACUAUAGAACGUUAUUUGCGCAAAAACGAUGCCGCACAAUUGCAGCUGCAAUUCGUGGAGAUUAUAGAAGAGUGCGGUAGACUUCAGCAGUCGGAUGAACGACUUGAUUGUCACGUCGAUGUGAUUUCUAAUGUAUUCAGUGAUAUUGCCGCUUCAUCUACGGAAUAUACAUGGAUUAACAAAAUACUUAUACGCUACCGCUUACAUGGACUUAGCUGGAAUUUGUUUGCUGGAUCCAUUGAAUUGGAAAAAUGUUUGUCCGUUUUUCCCGGCCAAGCUACUGAUGUACCACCGAAAGGUAUUCGCCCUACACCUACUACCGAGGGCCCAACAAGAGCUCCACAAACCACCGCAGCUCCUCCUGAAACAACUACACUAGAGACGACCAUUGUUGAAACCACAAAUGCUGCGGAAACGACCACAAAUGCGGUAGAAACGACCGCAAACUCGGUGGAAACGACGACAAAUUCAGUGGAAACGACCGCAACAGCUCCUACUGAAUCUGAAGAGUCUACUACCGAGCCUUCUGCAGCAGAAACAUCAACACUUGAACCAGACGACACCAGCACAGAUUCCACUGCAGAAACUGCUGUAGAAGAAUCAUCAACGCCUGCGACAGAAACAUCCACCGCAGAGCCUUCUACAACAGACGCGCCCGCAACUGCUACGGCUAGCCCUCUUCUACUAGAGUCAACUACCAAUGGAACCACUGGUCCUUCGCCAAACUCUACAGCCAGUUCCAACAGCAACUCAGGUAACUCUAACAGCGAUGAAAGUUCAUUGAACCCAUCACCAAAUAGCUCAUCAGAAGGGUCAGCACCGAAUGCUCCAGCUAGUAUAAAUAGCAACGAAGACUCCGGAAGCUCUCCUGAUAAAGAAUCUAACAGCAAUGAAAAUUCGAAUACAAUUGUGAGACCAGAGGGACCAUCAGCUGAGUCAGGGCAAAGUUCGCCUGCUAGCAAAAACAGCAACGAAGACUCCGGAAGCUCUCCUGACAAAGAGUCUAACAGUAAUGAAAACUCGAGUACAAUUGUGAAACCAGAGGGACCAUCAGCUGAAUCAGCGCAAAGUUCGCCUGCUAGCAAAAACAGCAACGAAGACUCCGCAAGCUCUCCUGACAUAGAGUCUAACAGUAAUGAAAACUCGAGUACAAUUGUGAAACCAGAGGGACCAUCAGCUGAAUCAGCUACAAUUGUGAAACCAGAGGGACCAUCAGCUGAAUCAGCGCAAAGUUCGCCUGCUAGCAAAAACAGCAACGAAGACUCCGGAAGCUCUCCUGAUAAAGAAUCUAACAGUGAUGAAGGUUCAAGUGAUGCGGACGAUGAUUAG